AUGGUAGUGAUGGAAGCGGGCUCGCAUGCCGGCUGCUGCGGCUGCAACUCCCCCGAUUCGGCUGCCGUUGCUGUGCUCAUGCAGUGUUCCCACAUGGGAUGGCUGCCUGAGGAUCGUUGGAGGAUGAUGGGCGGGUGCACACAUGAUGGAUUGGGAGGAGCAGCUGUGGACACACACGUCCAUGGUCAUGGUGGGCACAUCCAACCACAGCGACGCAGCUAUGCGCAGCUCAGCUGUCACCACCAUCACCCCCAUCAUCGCCAUCGACCGCACAGCCGCCAUCACACGCCGGCCGACGCUAACCCUGAUCUGGCCGUUGAGGAGGUGCAUGAAGCGGUGGAACCAACGACGAUGACGAUGACGAUGAUGAAGCGAGCAAGCAAAGGACACGGCGUGGCAAGGGGCCGUUUGUUUUCACCGUUUCCACCACCAGCAGCAGCAACAACAGCUGAUGUGUGGCUGCAUUUGGAUGAACGGGCCCUCUGUAUCUUGUCCAUCUCCUCCUCGUCGUCGCCGUCAUUGGUCCCCAACAGCAGCGGCUGCGGCCAUAGAUGUGGAGGGUGUAUUGUGCGUCGAUGUGCUGUUGCCUCGCAUGACGACGAUGAUGAUGGUGGUGAGUGGACGGUGACCGAUCUCUUCCCAAGCCCUCAUGACACGAGCAGGGCGAUACACGCACACACAAAUGUGCGAGAAAAGAAGACACAAGCCUUCCCCCCAUGUGAUGUGCAGCUGCUGAGGCGUGAUCGAGACAGCGGCCAACACAG